CCGCGAGCGGACAAUCCCUUUAUCGUGUGGAUUUAGAGCUGCACUUUGUUCAGAAGAGUGUUCAUCAGAAAUGCCUUGCGAUAUGCGAUAUUUCUAAUCAUCAUCUAGCCCAGAGUCUAGUUUAGAGCUUGUUCAUCAUUGAUAGACUGAAGAGAGACAGGAAGGCAAAGUUGGGAAGGUUGUACGCAAAGAGUUAGAAGGUCCAGACAGACUCUCCAGCCGGACACUCAAUGCGACAAUGGCUUGUUUGAGUAACCUUGCAGAACGCGUAGGAGUGACAGAAAAUAGCGAAAGCGCUUGGGCUGACGCAGAAAAGACACGUAAGGGAGCGGAUCAAGCCCUAGACAAACUCUCAUCGGUGUGUUCAAGCAGUCAAACCGCCACUCCAUGGUCUGCCUUGAGAAAAAACUAUGUAUAUCUGUCGAAUGCCCUGCAUUUCGACAGUUUUCUCCUUUCACGCCUGUAUGAAUACUCUUUCAUAUCCCGACACGAACUCGAUCUCCUGCAUAGUUGCAAAUUAUCAUAUGAAGAUAAGAUACAUCAUUUGAUUGUGCAACUUCCUUCUAAUUCGCCUGAAAAGUUUCCUGAAUUUUGCCAAAUUCUCCGUCGUGUGGGACAAUCUGAUGUUGCAGAGAGGCUGGAGCAGCACGCCUCACAAGAUAAGAGUAAACUACUAAGAAGUAGUAGUUCACAUCAUCGAAAAAAAUCACUAAAAAGGCUAUUGGAAGCUAAAGUGGCUAGACUGGAAAAAGAGAAGGCCGCAGCAGUUAGGGAAGCUGAAGAAGAAAGACAAAUCGCCUUCGCUGCAGCAGAGCAGGUUCUAGACAAAACUGUGCGAGCACCAAGUUUUAGAGCUUUGGACUCUAAUGUAAAGACACGAGAUGAUGAUAUAGAAUCACUAGCUAAGAAUAUUGAAGAGGAAUUCGCGAGGCUCACGAAGGACUCGUUGGCAGAGUGCUCUGAUAUUUGGAACAAUACACCAAAUGCAUCAAAUAUUGCAGGAAAACAGCAGACCAGUGGCAAUAGUAUGCCAAGGACUGAAUGGCAUUUCCCUACUCCUUGUACUAGUUGGCUGUAUGGUAAAUUGGGAUCGGUUGAAGACAGACUAGUAGUGUUAGCAAACGGAAUUGAUCAACUGUAUGUUCAGAAUGAUAACAGUGAUGAGUGGAACAUAUUUGCCAGAGAAGAUAGUGUCAUCAAACAUGUGGUAAGCACUCUCGAUUUGUGUUUGGUCUACCUGUAUGAUACAAUAAAACGUCAGUAUGUGAUUGAACAAUUCAAUAUUCGCGAAGACGAAAACUGGCGGUUUGUCACAGUUCUACCAAGUGAUUUGCACUUAGAUGGUGUAUCUGUUUCUCUUCGAGAAAACUCACUGUAUGUAGUGGGUGGUGAGACUAGAUCGGGAACGUAUGUGAGUACAGCAAGUGUGUGUGACUUAAACAGUGGGCAGUGGUGCAAGAUGAACGACAUGCAAACCAAACGUUCCAACUGCUCUUGUGCUAUUGUGAACAACACACUAUUUGUGUGUGGAGGCUUUACAGAUGGCUACGUUGCAAGUAAUGUUGUUGAGUGUGCAGAUGUUCGUGUAGAAAAAUGGAGACAAGCCCUUCCUACAAAAGCCUAUUUUACAACUCUGACAGCAGUUAAUGACAAACUGGUUAUGGCUGGGGGCUUGAGUCAACAAAACAGGUUUUCUCCGUCUGACAUUGUUGAAUUAUAUGAUGAGAGAUCUGUCAAAUGGCUUCCUCUACCACACAUGAAACACAAGCGAUGGUUACAUUCUGCAUUGUCAAUGCAGAAGGAAGAGCUCAUCGUGGCAGGAGGGCAGGAUCAAGAUGGGAAACCUCUAACCUCUAUAGAAACUUUAUAUUGUUUCUAACAUUUCGUUAUUUUUACAGUUUAUGUGUAGCUGCCAUUGCCUUGCAGCAGCACCUCUCAGAAUUAGUAAUCGUUACUAACAUUGGUAUGUGGUGGAAUGGGCAGGUGACCCGAAACAUGGAACAAUGGACAAAAUAUUUCUAUAACGACUUUUUGAAGCAGUCCUAGAUAUGUAUUAUUAGCUUUUUCUAUUCUUAGCAUAUUUUAUUCUAUUACAUUUUAUGCUACUAACUGUUUU